AUUUUUAUGUUCAUAUCAAAGUAAUCUCUGAAUAACACGUUAAAAUCUUAGCAUAUUCUCCGAAUAUUUAUUUGUGAUCAUUAUGCAAAUUUUAGCUCAAUUUUUUCGGAGAAACUCAAUAGUGUUAACUCGGCCUUUUCGCAGAAAGUUUUCUUCCGCGCAAGAAUACCUCAAAUCUACGUUUCCUGAUGUACAAAUUCCUAAAUUAAAUAUAGUAGAAUACGUGUUUCAGAAUUUCGAGAGGUGGCCAAAUAAUGUGGCGGUGGAAUGUGGAUUAUCUGGGAAAAAAUACACUUAUGAUGAAGUAAGGUUAAAUUCAAUUUAUUUCGGGAACGCUUUACGAAAGUUAUUGAAGCUUGAAAAGGGAGAUGUUGUGGCUAUUCAUCUUCCUAAUAUACCAGAAUAUCCUAUAUGUGCUUUAGGAAUCCUUUCUAGUGGAUUAAGGAUAACAACUAUCAAUCCGGCUUAUACUUCGGCCGAAAUAAGAAGACAAAUACUUGAUUCUAACGCUAAACUUAUUAUAACAUUAAACGAUGGUUAUCGAAAUUGCAAAGAUGCCACAUUGAGUCUCAAGACAACUAUUCCAAUCGUUAUUGUGAAAGAUAAGAAUGAGGACUCAAUUCCCAAUAAGUGUAUUAACUUCCAAGAGUUAAUUGAUUACAAAUUUAAGACCGAAGAAAAUAUCGCGCUUGAUUACGAUGAUGUUGUGCAUCUUCCAUAUUCAAGUGGAACCACCGGAAUGCCAAAAGGAGUCAUGUUGACCAACAAAAACAUUGUUGCUAACAUUGAACAAUUCCACGCCCCGCAAAUAAGAUUUAUAAACGAAUGUUCUGGUUCUGAUCAAGACGUGGUUCCAUGCGUUUUACCAAUGUUUCACAUUUUCGGCUUUUCGUUAUGUAUGUUAGCAUUACUUCAAAAGGGUUGCAAGAUGGUUACUUUACCCAAGUUUACACCCAACAACUUUUUAAACGUUUUAAGUAACCAUAAACCACACGCAAUGGAACUGGUUCCUCCCAUAGUGGUGUUUUUAAACACGCACGAAGGCGUAAAAAAAGAUUAUUUCGAAAAUCUUCGCACUAUUUUGUGUGGAGCCGCCCCAUUAGGUGCUUUGGACGAAGAGAAAUUUAGAAAAACAGUGGGAAAAUCUUUAAAUGUUUUACAAGGUUAUGGUUUAACUGAAACUUCUCCGAGUGUAAUUUCAAUGCCCAUAAGUCAACAAGGAAAAUAUCCCGGAAGUAUAGGGCACCCAUUGCCAAACACCGCAUUAAAAAUAAUAAAAAUUGACGAUCAAGAAGGAACGCAUUUAGGUCCAAAUAAAGUUGGCGAGUUAUUAAUAAAAGGUCCUCAAGUAAUGCAAGGUUAUUUCAACAAAGAUGAAGAAACGAAGAACGCCUUCUUAAACGGUUGGUUUCGAAGUGGAGAUUUAGCCAGAUACAACGAAGACGGCAUGUUGUACAUCGAGGAUCGAAUUAAAGAAUUGAUUAAAGUAAAGGGAUUUCAAGUACCUCCUGCUGAACUUGAAGAAAUAAUUAGGGAUUUUCCCGGAGUGGCGGAAGCUGCAGUUAUUGGUGUGCCUAAUAAAUAUACCGGUGAACUUCCAAGAGCAUACGUAGUUACAAAACCAGGACACAAUGUUAAUAUUGCAACGCUAGAAGAGUUUGUUAAUUCGAAAGUAACUUCCUAUAAAAAAUUAGCUGGUGGUAUCGCUUUAGUUAAUUCUAUUCCAAAAACCGCAUCAGGAAAGAUUUUGAGAAGAGAACUAAAACUUUUAUUUGAAAAAGAUGGAAUCUAAAACAUUUUUUUUUCACAACUGCUUCGAAAUCAAUUUAUAAUGUAAAAUAAAAACAGGUUCAAAAGU